UCUAAGACUUUUUCAUAGCAACUUUGCGCACAUUUGCACAAUCAGACUUUUGUCGAUAUCAUGAAGUUCGUUCAAAUCGUUUACCUCACCAUCCUUGCUACUUCCACCGCCGCUUCCACUCCCACUAGGGCGAGGGCACCAUCGCAUCCUCAUGAAACCACAAUGUGCCCAAGCCCAUCCCCGUGCAACCCUCGACCAAGUCCACUCUGCCCAAUAGGUUCAUGGUCUUUCGAUUGGGGCAAUCUGUGCUGGAUCGAGCACUUAGCACAGCUCUGAUAACUUGAAGGCAUUACUUGACCACUAUCCCUGCGCACCACUCAGAGAUGGCCAACGGCCAUGCACUGUUUCGAAGCCAUUGGUGUCACAGUGUCCGAAGAUUAUUCAACUAAGGCAAGGUACCAACCUAGGGAGUGAAGGUGACGCUUUCAAGACCGUAUGUGUAGUUUCAAGGGAAUCAAGUUGUUGUGUUUUGAGGUUGGGUGUAAGUGAGUGCAAUUCCUGCUAUAUAGCGUAUCCUGUGCCACCGAUACUGUCG